GACAGCGUGACCCAGCCGGCGACGAACGCGGCGUACAUCGGAUGCGUAAUCGAACAACUUUCAUAAUACGCGUAUCGUAGUACCGGCGCGAAAAUUACGCUUUCCACAAACAUUCAUUUUCAUUCAGCAAUUAUGGUGUUGAUUAAAACAUACCAGCUGGCAAUCCUAGCGGCCGCUUUGCUGUGGCAAACGCGUACAGACGCACGCUCCUCGGCGUUGAAGUUUUGCGGCCGCCAACUCGGCGAGAUCAUGAGUAAAGUUUGCUACGCGUACAAUAGUCCCUCUUGGGACGUACCUACUGUGGUGGAACAUGGAGCAUUGGCUAGACGGAAACGACAGCUGGGCAUAGCAGAUGAGUGCUGUACAAUCGGUUGCACGUGGGAACAGCUUAGUAAAUAUUGCUCAGUCAGCGCUUACUCAGAAUCACCGUUAGGGGUUUUAGAAGCACAUUUGAUCGCGGACCGUUCGGCAGAGGAUGGUGGCAACAUGCCGCCUGCUAUGAUCGCACAAACGAGCUACAAGAAAAGCAAGGAAUUGAGCGAGACAAGGCGUGAGGUGGGACGCGAACGAAGUCGCGGGUACGGGAGCGCAAGGAGGCGUCGCUGUUGGUGCCGGCGUAAGAGGCGCUCGGGCCGGCGGCGUACCUCUAUCAUGGGUAACAUGAACCUCAUAAAAAAUGCAGUGCGCGCUGCGCCCGUAGUAGGCACCGUGUCGCCGCUGCUGACUUGGGGCAGAACUCUCAACACUGACUUGCCACCGAUAGAACAAGAUCGAUAUGCUUAUGUUGCCAUCUAUACAUAAAUUGAGGUGACUCAAUUCUAUACAAAAACUAUUUAUCGCCUAGAGACGUGACCUGACUUGAAGGUCCAAAGCUAUAGACAACCUUCGAAAAUGAAGGAAGAGGCCAAUCGCUUGUGUUCAUAUGUUUAACUUUUGUAGUUGUAAGCCUUCUCCUGCAAGUUAGUGAAAUUAAAAUAAUUAAAUCAAAAUAAUGUAAGACUCAACUGUGUUCAGAAACUUUCUUAACCAAAGACUCACAUAAAGUCUUUUGUUCUUGACAGGUUAGGUACUACUUUAAAUUACGUUUAUUAAUUGUUGGUUGUACACUUGAUUUAAGCUAUAUCGAAAGUCAAGAGUUUACUUGAUUUAUUAAAUAUCCUUCUUUCUUAUGCUAUGCUAGCAUAAUGUACAUUAACUCAUGUUAUGGUAAUAAUGGGUAACACUGAUCUGCCAAAAUUUAGAUAAUCAACAACAUUUUACUAUACUGCUAUCUUGUGUUCAAACAGAUUGUGGUUAUAACUCUUUCUUAAACUUUGCCAACAUUUUUAAAGGAACAAGAGAUUGUGAGUCAAUUAUCAAUUAAAAAUUUAUAAUUUUAAAUUACAAUUUAUUAUGGACUCUGAAUUAUUUUAUACAAAUAGGUUGCAUCUAAACAUGUGGGAAAGUCCAAAUUAUGUAUAUGAUUUGGCUAUGUAUUACAUAUUUAUAAUAAAGAUAUUGUAUUAGAAAAGGAUACAUAAUCAGAAUCUUCAUUAAUUGUUUAUGAAAUAAGAAACAUGUCAUAAAUAUAUACCAUUAAAUAUCUGUUUUCACACUAGCACUUUUGUUAGUUAAUAAUCAUCUACCAAUUAAGAUUUAAAGAUCUCUAAAGCAUCUGUGAUAAUUCCAACUGAUAAAAAUAAAAACUUAUUUAUAAUUUUAGUUUUACCUAACCACAAUACCUAGAUUAAUGUAUUUCCUUGCCAUCUGUAAUGUUUAACUGUGUGUUUGUGUAGUACAUGUUGUAGUAUGUAUGCAAAUGUGACUGAUUAGAAAAUGUGUGCUGUAAUAAAUUUCAUUUAUUUCC